UCGAGACGUCAGUUAGCUGUCAUAUUACAUAUUGUUUUUAAUUACAUGUUAUUUCAAUUGGUUUGAAACUACUAAGGUAUAUGUUGUGAUUUGAUUAUUAGUUUGCAAUUUUACAUGACGUUAAGAUCAAUAUCAUCUAAAGAUAGUUUAAUCAGCAAAAAGUUAUCAUGGCUAUUAAGGCAUGGAGCUGAGAAAGAUAAUGUUCCAAUAUGUGAAGAAGGUUUUGUUAAAGUGAGUGACAUAUUGCAGCAUAAAUCAUUUAGGCCAAAUGUAACAUUAGAAGAUCUUCAACGAGUUGUUGCUUGUAAUGAUAAACAAAGGUUUACUCUAAGAAAAAACCCCAUCACACUUCAAUUUGAAAUUAAAGCGAACCAAGGACAUACUAUUGUUUUAAAGAAUCCAAAUUUAUUUGAAAUUCCUAUUACCACGACUUAUACAGAAAUUAUUCAUGGAACUUAUCACUCAUGGAAAAAAAUAAAAAGGGAAGGAUUGAAACGCAUGAAAUGGAUGCAUAUACAUUUUGCUAAAGGACUAAAUAGUAUCAGUGGCAUCAGGAAAAAUUGCCAAGUUUUAAUUUAUGUCAAUAUCAAGUCAGCUUUGUCCGACGGCUAUAAAUUUUAUGAAUCUGAAAAUCAAGUUAUUUUAUGUCCGGGCAAUGCUGAUGGUAUUUUACCAAUACAUUAUUUCUUGAAGGUUGUUGAUUAUCAAACAAAUAAUUUAUUAACAUAUUGAAGUUCCAUAAAAAAUAAGCCUGUAAAUAAAUAGUGAUGGCAAAUAAGUAUUGUACACCUUGUGAUUUGCAUUUGGAUGAACUAU